UCCUCCGCCGGCCGCAUCAUCUCCUCCCGCGGAGCCGAGUGGAGGCAGCGUCUGUCCCCCUGCAGGUCGAGCUUUAUGUCUGAGAGGACUGUCAAAGGCCGGUGGGGACACAUCACCCAGAGCCUCCGCCGAAUGUGACUGCUUCAUACAAGCGCCCCGAAAUACGGCAGAAGCAAUGGGAGCCUUUGGAAUCCUAAUAGGGAUUUUACACUAUGUGGGACUUUAUGUUCAAGUUAACGCGUCUCUCAACGGCGGACGUGGAGAGGUGGAUAAUCACAUCUCUGGAAAUGCUCUUUUUACAGAGGUGCCACAUGACAUCACGACACACAGCGGUGAGGAUGUAGAGAUGGCGUGUUCCUUCCGUGGGGCAGGUUCUCCCUCCUAUGCGCUGGAGAUCCAGUGGUGGUACAUUAAGGACCAGCCGAGAGUCUGGCAAGGAAAACCUGCACAAAUCACUAAUCAAGUUGAGCCUCUGGAGGAGACGUCUAAAGAUGCCACCAAAAUUAGUGUGGUGAAAGUGGCAGGCAGCAACAUCUCACACAAGCUCCGCCUCUCCAGUGUCAAACCGUCAGACGAGGGAACGUACGAGUGUCGUGUCAUUGACUUCAGCGGCGCCGUGGCCCAGCACCACCAUGUCCGGGCCUACCUGCAGGUCGACGCAGAGAAGAGUCAAGAGUCAGACCCUGCCCAUCUGCAGGAUCCAGAUCAGCGGGCACAGAGGAAACCGGACCACACACGCUCCCACCCCCACACCCACACCCACACCCACCACGACACAGAGGGCAGGGAGCUGAAGAGGAGAUCAGCCGGCAGCACCACUGACUGUAACGAGAGCUGUGUGCUGUAGAGCGAGCAGUCCGCCAGGCUGUCUGCAUGUUCUCGACUGCUCUCUGAAACGGGACGGUCAUCAACACACACACACACACACACACAAACACAUACACAAACACACAAGUGUCCACGGAGGUGAGGCGCAGAUCGCUUUUGUCUAUCUUUAAUAUUGUUCUUUGGAUGCCAAUGCUGUUGAACGCCAAUAAAGGGCACAGUUUUAUUGACAAUACGAAUGAUUAUGAUGUCUUUGUUGCUUUGUUAUUCGUCUCUGUGCUUUUUCCUAUUGCAUUACAUUUAUGUUCAUGUGACAGUAAGGCUGCAAUAGCAAAGAGUAACUUUUAUUUAUCUGGACACAGUCAGUGAAGGAUUGGAGAUGUGGGCAUAGUUGACUUUUACUGAUCCAGUUAGAAUAAUGCCCUGAUGGACACAUGUUUAAGUUCUACUGUCUUUUAAUAAACAUAUACCAGCUGCAGUAUUUCAAUGUAAAUGCUUUGUAAAGAAAAAAGGAACAAAUAAAGCUUCUGUCAUUUAUCUACAAA